GUUGUAAAUUAAGUCGAGAUACGUGGCGCCAGCCGAGGCAGACGAAAGAGAUGGAUCCCGAUCUAAUCGAAAUGGAUAGUUAUCCUCUGCUCCAGGAUGAUUCUUCUGUGUGUAGUAGUGAUGAAAUGCUGUUAUACAAGCGACCAAUAAGAAAAGUGAAAGAUUCUACGACACAAUACAAGGAAUUAUCAGAUGAUGAAAAAGAAGAAAAGAUAGCAAUUCCUAGACACUUGGGAUUAGCAGGAUGCAUCUGGUAUAUUAUUGGUCAAGUCAUAGGAACUGGAAUCUUCAUCUCGCCAUCUGGUGUUCUCCGAGGCACUGGUGGUUCCGUGGGCUGGGCGCUCUUGCUAUGGAUCCUGUGUGCCAUUAUCCAAUUCUGUGGAGCUCUUGUCUACGCAGAGCUGUCCCUCAUCAUGCGCAAGUCCGGCGGGGACUUCACCUUCUUGCUGCAGGCUUGGGGACCCAUGGUGAGCUUCUCCAGGCUCUGGGUGACCACACUUGUCAAUCCCUGCUCCAUUGCAAUCCAGGCACUUGUCAUUGCAAAGUACCUUCUCACGCCGUUCUUCCAGUGUAUGGAGGAGCCACUUCUUGCCGUUCGAUUCAUCAGUAUCUGCUGUAUCCUAUUCAUUGUCUAUGUCAACUGCGUCAGCAUCAAGUUCUCUGCACGACUUACUGGUUUUCUCACUUUUACAAAGAUGUUUGGUCUCAUUGCAAUAUUCGUGUCUGGCAUAUACAACUUACAACAAGGUCAUACAAAGUAUCUUGAAAGUGCCUUCUCUUCUGGACAUUUUGAUGUCUCUCUCCUGCCUGUGGGUUUCUUCUCAGGACUGUAUGCACUGUCAGGAUGGGAAAUUAUUACAACUAUUACUGAAGAAAUUGACCAUCCAGUGAGAAACAUUCCUCUGAGUCUAUUUAUCUCCAUGGCAACCAUCACUGCUGUCUACCUCAUGGCCAACGUGGCAUACUUUACUCUUCUCUCUCCUUCACAGAUGCUUGCCUCUGGGGCUGUUGCGGCAGACUACAGUGUGCUAGCUUUGGGGAACUGGUCUUGGCUUAUUUGGAUCUUUGUAGCAAUGUCUGCUCUUGGUAGUGCAAAUGCAAGUGUUAUUGCAAGAUCAAGGACUGUAUUUGUAGCUGCACGAGAGGGCCUCUUUCCUGAGAUCCUGUCCAUGAUAAGCUUGAAACACAGCACCCCUCUACCUAGCAUCGUCAUCCUACUCGUCGCCCUGGUGUACGUGGUCGAAGACGACGUCAUUGUCCUCAUCGAGUACACAAUGUUUGUUGAUCUUCUGUUCAUCUUGCUAACAUGCUGUAUCUUGCCAUACUAUCGCUGGAAGUACCCAGACAUCCACAGACCAUUCAAGAUCCCUCUCUUUGUUGUUGGUAUCUAUAUCAGCUCUGUGUUAUUUCUCUUGGGAAUUGCAUUAUACUCUGAUCCAGUUGGGAAGUUGAUUGGUUUAGGCUUUGCACUCACAGGUCUACCAGUCUACUUUGCUUUCCUUCAUCCAAAGUACAAGCUAAAAUGCACUGCUGCAAUAUCAGGAAAGAUCACAAGGUUCCUUCAAAGAGUAUUCUUUUGUGUUCGACAAGAAAAGGAGACAUUCUAAGACAGUGGGUUCGCAUGGUUCGCAGGUAAUCGUCAAUAUCGUGACCAAAUUAAAGUUUCAUCAAUCUGAUAUUCUUCACUGAAAUAUUUUCUACCUGUUUGACUAUAGAUUUUCAUAUAAGAUUUAUCACUAAUAUUGAAUUGGAUUCAAAUUUUCUAUUUUUGUGCUAUAUGUAUAGCUAUAUUUCUGUACAAAAUUACAUUUUAUAUUUUUCCACUUAUUUAUUCAAUUUAUCCGUCAUUAUUCAUGUAAUUUCAAUUCAAAUCAUUGAUUGAUUGAUUGAUCAAUCGUUUUGUUCUCUUGAUGAAAGACACACAACACAAAAUAAAUACAUUCAAAUAUCGAAAUGACAAAUUGAACUACAGUGAUGGCUGAACACUAGUAUAUGAAUGUGAAAUUGCGUUAAUAUAAAUAUGGUAAAACCUAAAAGCUGCAAAGAGCUUGAAUAGGGGUCAUCCCAGUACAUUGUAAUGACAAUUGCAGGAAAGAUAUGGAAACAUGGUUGUAUAAUUGUGCCUUGAAUUGAUAUUGCAUUAGUUUUGAGGAUAUUCAUCUAUGCAUCAUGAGACACAUGAAAGAUUUCAGUUAAAAGUCCAAAGAAGAAGAUUGAAUGAGAACAUAACAUUCCAAGUUUGAUCUUACUUUUAUAAAAAGUGGGAGUGAGAGAUGAAGUGAUAAACCCUGCACUUGUAAAUGCAGUCAAUUUUUCAUAGGAGCUAUAUACAGAUUCACUGUCUAAAAUCAAUUCAGAGAUUAUAUGUGCUCUUGUACUUGGUAAAUGACAUCACUAUCAAAAUCAUGAUUGAGUGCAUUGCACUUAGUACAUGCAGGUGCAAUACGCGUAGGGCUUACUUGCAAUAUGCGCUUUGCUGCUGCAGAUCAGAUGUGCGUUUGAGGGAUUUUGCUUUUCGAUUUCAAAAUUUGCUUUAUUUUCAUAGAUUAACAGAGGAAAAAGAUUGAUUAUUGUUCAUAUUUUCGCUAACUUCUGAGGCAUU